AUGAAUGUAUCAACCAUGCAUAAUAAAUUAUUACGUGGAGAAUAUAAAAAUCCAUUACAAUUCAGUGAUGAUGCACGGCUUUAUAAUAAUAAACCAUUGCGUGUCUAUAAAAUGUGUACAAAACUUGAAAAACUGUUUGUUGAAUCUAUUGAUCGUGUUGUACAAGAAUUAGGUUAUUGUUGUGGUCGUCAAUAUGCAUAUUUACCAAAACUUAUGCUAUGUUAUGGAAAGCAGCAAUGUUGGGAAAUCCCAUCUUAUGGUUGUUAUUAUUAUUAUUAUAGCAAUUCUGAGCCAUCGCGAUUUAAUCUAUCAAGUGGUAAAUAUACAUUUUGUGCUAAUUGUUUUCAUUCAAUUAAAAGUGAAUCAAUAUUGAUCGGUGAUGAUCCAACUCAAACAUUAGUUGAAAUACCAAAAAUAUUAUUUCUAUUGGCUAAAAAUGAUAUACAAGAACCUGAAAUAAUGAUUGAUUGUAUUGUUUGUACACGUCUACAACAAUUACCAGUAACUGAUUUAUCAUCAAGAUUAGAAGAGCAUGUUAAUCAAUUUUUACUGGAUAAAUAUUGUCAUAAAAGUCGUGUUACAAUUCGUGUAUUAUAUUCUAGUGAUAAAAUAUGUGAAAUAAAACCACAAUUAAAAAAAUGUUAUCUAAAUCAAGUAGCAGAUAAUAAUUAUCCCUAUCGAACUAAAGUUAUACUUGCUUUUCAAGAAAUUGAAAGUGUUGAUGUUGUUUUCUUUGUACAUUUCUUUCGACCGAAACUUUAUCGUCAAGAUGUUUAUCAUGAAAUUUUAAUCGGUUAUUUGGAUUAUGCUAAACAACAUGGAUAUAUGUAUGCUCAUAUAUGGGCUUGUUCAGCAAGUGAAGGUGUUAAUUAUAUAUUUCGUUGUCGUCCACCUGAACAACUUUUGCCGAAACUAAAACGCCUACAGGAUUGGUGUAGAAAGAUGCUUGAUAAUGAAAUUGCAGAACGCCUUGUUAUUGAUUAUAAGAUAAAAGCUAUAUAUAAAAUAUUUGAUUAUCGAAAAUGCAUUGAGUUAAAAAAGCAACUUGACCAAGAAGAUCGAAGAAAACAAGAAGUUGAAACAGCACAAGCUAUGAAAGAUGAAGACUUCGAUGAUUUCUCUGAAUCAGAAGAUCCAACAGAAUCAGUACGUAGUGCAAAAUUUUCAACCAUGGCUUUAUUAUAUGAAUUACAUAUAUCAAUAGCAGAGAAAUUUACAUAUAAUUAUAAUAGAUGUCAACAAAAAUGUGGCAUUUUUUUAUUAUUGUACAUAUCAUCAAUAGUUGACAUGAAACAAAGCUAUGAACAAAAUUCAUUAAAUAGUACUGAUUUGAAAUCUGAAGUAGAAAACAACAAGCAACUUGUUUACAAGCAGACCGACGUUAUAUGGAAGCUAUGA